AGCAUCCAUAUGGGACGUCCUGCCGAUCAGUCAGACAAGCUUUUGCUCUCUAAUUGGGGUCUCCCUAAGCCUGCUCUGGAGAAAUACCAGAGUCUCGGUGUUCAGAGGAUGUUUGAGUGGCAGGCUGAGUGUCUGACCUUGGGCAAAGUGUUGGAGGGCCAGAACCUGGUAUAUUCUGCUCCAACCAGUGCAGGAAAAACCUUGGUUUCUGAGCUGUUAAUCUUGAAGAGAGUUUUGGAAACAAGACAAAAGGCCAUGUUCAUUCUUCCUUUUGUGUCUGUGGCUCGUGAGAAGAUGUUUUAUCUACAGAAUGUAUUUCAGGAGGUAGGGGUCAGAGUGGAGGGGUAUAUGGGUAACACUUCAGCAACUGGUGGGUUUUCAGCUCUGGAUGUAGCUGUUUGCACAAUAGAGAAAGCUAAUGGACUCAUCAACAGACUCAUUGAAGAAGACAAAUUGGAUCUUCUUGGAAUUGUUGUGGUUGAUGAGCUGCACAUGGUUGGGGACUCUGGUCGUGGAUAUCUGUUAGAACUUUUGCUGACUAAAAUCCAAUACAUUGCCCAAAAAAACACAGAAAGGGAUUCUGCUCAAAGUACCUCUGCUGGUGUGCAGAUUGUUGGUAUGAGUGCCACACUGCCAAACUUGGAACUUCUUGCUCGCUGGUUGAAUGCUGAGCUGUAUAGUACUAACUAUCGUCCUGUGCCACUGAUGGAGUGGGUCAAGAUAGGCACAAAUGUCUAUGAUGGAUCUAUGAACCUGGUCAGACAGUUCACCCCAGCUCUUCCCGUAAAGGGAGAUGAUGAUCACAUUGUCAGCCUCUGCUUUGAGACAGUGCAGGAUGGACAUUCUGCACUGCUGUUCUGCCCUUCAAAGAACUGGUGUGAGAAACUAGCAGACAGCAUUGGAAGAGAGUUUUACAAUCUUCAUCACAAAGAAAUGCAGUCAGGCUCUGGAGUGCAGAGUAUAUCUCUGAAUCAGGAAGGUCUCCAGGAUGUUGUAGCCCAGCUCAAGCGUACUCCUGCAGGCUUGGACCAGGUGCUUCAGCGAACGGUUCCCUGGGGGGUGGCCUUCCACCAUGCAGGUCUGACAUUUGAUGAGAGGGAUAUUCUAGAAGGUGCUUUUCGUCAAGGAUACAUUAGGGUGCUAGCUGCCACCUCCACCUUGUCGUCUGGUGUAAAUCUGCCCGCACGACGUGUGAUUAUCAGAACCCCUGUUUUUAAUGGUCAUUUGUUGGACAUUCUAACCUAUAAGCAGAUGGUGGGACGAGCAGGCCGUAAAGGAGUGGACACCAUGGGUGAGAGUGUGUUGGUCUGUAAAGAGGCUGAACGUGCGAAAGGCAUGAGCCUCAUCCAGGGCUCACUCAAGCCUAUCAGCAGCUGCUUGGUGAAGCGGGAGGGUGAGGGCGUCACUACCAGCAUGCUCAGGGCCAUCCUCGAGAUCAUCGUUGGAGGAGUCGCCAGCUCACCACAGGAUGUGAGGAUGUAUGCUUCUUGCACUCUUCUCGCAGCCAGUAUUGCAGCCGAACAGCCACGUAAGGAAGAAGCUGAAACAGAAGCUCGAAACAAGGGGGCUAUUGAAGCCUGCAUAGAGUGGCUGAUGGACAAUGAGUUUAUACAUAUACAGAAGGAGGGAGAUGUGGAGAGGUACUGCCCCACGCAUCUGGGUUCUGCGACUCUGUCCUCAUCUUUAUCACCCCCAGAAGCCCUGGGGAUUUUUGCAGAUCUCCAGAGAGCAAUGAAAGGAUUUGUGUUGGAAAAUGAUCUCCAUAUCCUCUAUCAGAUAACACCUGUGUAUGUGGACUGGACUACAAUUGACUGGUACCAGUUCUUCUGUCUGUGGGAGCAACUACCGUCUGCAAUGAAACGGGUGGCUGAGAUGGUGGGCAUCCAAGAAGGUUUCCUGGCCCGCUCCGUUGGUGGCAAAUUAAUUGCUAAAACAGAAAAGCAACGCAGACAGAUGGCCAUUCACAAACGUUUUUUCACAACGUUAGUUAUCCAUGAACUGGUAAGCGAAGAACCACUUGGAGCUGUCGCAAAGAAGUAUGGCUGUAGCCGAGGACAGCUUCAGUCACUUCAGCAGUCUGCCUCAACAUAUGCAGGUAUGGUUACAGUCUUCUGUAAUCGACUUGGAUGGCACAAUCUAGAGCUGCUUCUGUCCCAGUUCCAGAGUCGUCUGAGUUUUGGAGUCCAGAGGGAGCUGUGUGAUCUGGUUCGUAUUUCUUUACUAAACGCUCAGAGAGCACGUAUGCUCUACAGCUCUGGGCUUGUCACAGUGGCAGAGGUGGCCAGAGCUGAUGUUACUGAGUUGGAGAAGGCCCUCAGGAAAGCAAUCCCUUUCAAAAGCUCCAGGCAGGCGGUGGAUGAAAGCGAGGUAGAGGCUCAAGAACGUAAGAGCCUGCGCUGCAUCUGGGUCAGCGGGAAAAAGGCAUUGACUGAAAGGGAGGCUGCUCAGCAAAUUGUGGCUGAGGCCCAGCUGCUCCUCCAGCAGGAUUUGGCUUUUCUUGGGGUGGAAUGGAACCCAGCAUCCCUCGCAACAAAGACCCAGCCAGAUUCCCAUGCACCCGAGGAAUCAGCCUAUGAAAAACCUCUACAGUCUAAGGGCCCAGAACAUGAAGAGGGGCAAAAUGUAACCACAAAUGUGGACAAACAGAAGUUGUUGGUGGAUAAACAUUCUGACAGUUGUUCCCAUCCUCCUUUGAGGCCAUUAGAGGUCACUACUAAUUCAGAAAAGCCAAUGGAUAUUGACUCAAGUGUAUCAUCUGCUGACUGUCAGCCUGCUAAGAAAUGUGAACAGCAAUCAAGUACAUUGCAUAAAGUUCUCAAAUCAAUAAAUGCGAAAGACAAGGGCUGUCAAAAUAACCAAACAGCUGAGUCAUCGGAUUGCUCUUCAAAAUCACUUAAAAAAAAAUUAGGACACAAUACCUGUAUAAAAAGUGCCUGCAAUUCUAGCAGUGACCAUCAUUGUGUAAGUCCAGUUUUGAAACGUAGAAAGAUGGAUGUUGUGGACACUGAUGCACUACCCACAGUCAGUGAAUCAAAAACACCACCUCUAAUCUCAAAAGACCCUAAACUAAUAUCAGAUGUUGAAGUGCUUUGCUUUAAUAAACCUGAAACUGACUGUAGAAUAGAUAAAGAUAAGAUGAAUCUCCAGUCAUCCAUUGCUGGACUGAACCAAGUCAUUGAGUCAAAAACUCACUCAUAUGAUCCACAAAAGGGUGCGGAAACCCCAGAUGUCACUGCGAAAAAGUGCACAUCUAAAAAGAAACAUUUAACUCAAAAUGAAAAGCGAGAAACUGUUACUGGCAGUUUCGGGAAUAUCAGCAGCAGAGAUGAAACUGUCUUAAAGGUAAACACCAGAGUUAAACGAGAUUUAGUAUGUUGUUCUGAGAAGCUUAGCUCUCCUGACUUGUACGCAAUUGGAUUGGAAGAGUUCGGUGAUAGUUUUCAACUUGAUACACAGACUGAGAAAAUGCUUCAAGGAGAUGAUUUUUCACAUGGCAUUGGUAAUUUAAACAUUCUCAAAGAAAAUAACAAUCAUGUUGAUUCAGAAAGUGAGAUAAAAGUUGUCAACCAGUCCUCUUUCCUGGAAAAUGAGAAUCAAACAUUUAAAGACCAAAACAAAGACCCAGUUGAAGGUUUAUCACCUCAUAAGAAUGGCCUGGCCACUGAAUUCAAACCGAAAUAUAACAUCUCGCUUACUGACAGCCAGUUGGAGAAUAUUUUAAAUUACAGUAACCAGGUUACUGAAGAAGAAUCAAGUUCCGAUAAACCUGCUGAGCAAAGGGAAAAUCAUGAGCCCUCUGAUCAUGUUACUGACAACAGCUUCAACCGGAGCAGCAGUUUUCUGUUUGACAGUCUCUAUGACAACUCCAUCUUGGAUGCCAUGGAGGAGGCAGCAAUGGAUCGAAACAACAAAGAAGAACAGGUGGUUGAAGCGCAUGCUAAUUCAAACGGCUCUUCUCCAGAACUCAUUCCGGAGAGAAGAGAUGCCGUGUCAACGGAGGAUCAGGAAGCAAUCCAAUGGGGCGAAUCAUCUUUCAACCUUUCAGAAUGGGGAGAUUCACUACUUAUUGGAGAGCAGUACCUUGAUAAAAUGAACAACGCUGUCAAGGCUGGUGAUGGCCCAAGAUUGGGUGUAGAGAAGCCCAAUUAUACAGAUUACAUUGUGUCUGAACUACAUGUAUCACAAAGCAAUGAGCCUCAUUCAAACGUUUCAGCUGAAAGACGUCAAUUAAACAGUUCAUCGUUUCACAUCAGCCCAGGAAUGCAGGACAUUUUUGACAAAUGGUCUGAUCAGUUUUCAACCCUAUCUGAGAUUCCAGGGCAGUCAAAUUCAACAGUGGUGAAACCAAAUGCUGCUGCUGCUGCUGUUGUCGAAAAAGCUGUAUCCCCAGUAACAAACUAUGGAAUUGAUCAUGGAGGUCCAAGAAACUCACGAACAGAAGAUUUCGUGGUAGUCCAGGCCAAACCAGUGACUCACAAUGACCUUGUUCCUCCCACGCCAGUUUCUGAACCAGUCACACCACGAGUUAAAAUGACCACUUCAGCUAUACAAUCACCUCUUAAUGUCACCAAGCACAGGUCUGAACUGGAUCCAAAUUCUAAAUCCAGUUCGCAGAAAGAUUAUCAGUCUUGUUUGAGGACAAACUCCACAUCAGAGUUAAACAUUUCUCUGGCUGAUGAGGGCUUUAUGAGGCUUUCUCAGUGUAAAUCAGUUCCUGCUUCAAACUCCUGCAGUCCAGAGACAUUCUCCAUAAUUGAUGUGGCAAGUGAUAAAAGGCUUUUCCAUACAUUUAUAAAGGAGUGGAAAACAAAGGACAGAUUUUCUCUUGCUCUUGCCUGUGAGAAGAUAGACAACACCUCAGUGAAAGCUGAGACAGUUAUAGGUGGAAAAUUCAAAAAACCUACUACCCCAAUGAGGAAAAGAAAAGAUGGCUUCCUUCUUAAGGGAUAUGAGGAUCUUGUUGUCAUUGGCAUAUCUGUAUGCUGGGGAGCAAAAGAUGCUUAUUUUGUGUCUCUACAACAGGAGCUGUCAGACACGGAUAUAAGUGCCAGCUUAGCUCCACCACCUCUUGAUGAGACUCUUACAGUUGAGGAGCGACUGAAGCAAAUUCAAUGCUGCUUGGAAAAAGAAUCAAGUGUGAUGGUCUCUUAUGACUUCAUUCAUGUUUACAAGACACUGUUACUCGCAUGCGAGCUUGCUAUGCGUGGCACAUUUGAAGACCCAAAGAUUGCAUGCUGGCUUCUGGAUUCAAGCUCCAAAGAGCGCACUCUCCACAACAUGGUAUCCAGCUUUGCUACUGAGGAUCUCCUGAUGCUGGAAGGAAUUAGUCCUGGUCAGGGUGUGCAAAGUUUAGGGAUCUAUGGAGGUGCCAGUCAAUCUGGACGCUACAGAUCUGCUGUUGAGUCUGUUCUGGUCUUCAGGGUCAUGACGCAACUCAAUUGUCUUCUUGAAAAGGAUGGUUUCUUGGACGCAUUCAAGAAAGUAGAGAUGCCCACCCAGUACUGCCUGGCGUUGUUGGAGCUAAAUGGAAUUGGGUUUAGCGUUGCCGAAUGUGAGGCUCAGAAACAUGUGAUGCAGGCCAAGCUAAGUGCUCUUGAAUCCCAAGCUUAUCAGCUAGCAGGACACAGCUUCUCACUGACCAGUCCAGAGGAUGUAGCAGAGGUAUUGUUUCUUGAGUUGAAGCUGCCUCCUAAUGGAGAUUUAAAUGCUCCAAAGAAUAAGAAGACGCUGGGCUACACUAGGAGAGCAGGAGCCCGUAUCAAACUUUCAAAACAGUUCAGUACAACUAAAGAUGUUUUAGAAAAGCUCAAGCCACUGCAUCAGUUACCAAGUGUUAUUCUUGAGUGGAGAAGGAUCACAAAUGCUUUGACAAAAGUGGUUUUCCCCUUGCAACGAGAAAAGAAGUGGCACUCACUUCUGAAAAUGGACAGAAUACAUCCAAUCUCACAGUCACACACCGCCACAGGGCGUGUGAGCUUUACUGAACCAAACAUUCAAAAUGUCCCAAAAGAUUUUGAAAUUCAGAUGCCAACACUUAUAGAAGAAAGUCAACCAUCACAGAUUGGUGCAAGCAAGACGUGGGGUAAACGAUUAAAGAUAAACCGGCGGUUGGCACCCCUUUUAAAGGUAUCGGACGUAUCACCAGAAAAAGGGAUGCCAUUUUCUGUCAGCAUGAGGCAUUCUUUUGUUCCUUUUUCAGGAGGUCUGAUUCUGGCUGCCGACUACUCACAGUUGGAGCUCCGCAUUUUAGCUCAUCUGUCCCGGGACAGGCGGCUCCUCCAUGUGCUCAACAGUGGUGCAGAUGUGUUUAAAAGCAUAGCAGCAGAGUGGAAAAUGGUAGACCCUGCUUCAGUUGAUGAUAAUAUGAGACAACAAGCCAAACAGAUUUGUUAUGGAAUAAUCUAUGGCAUGGGAGCAAAGUCUCUUGGAGAACAAAUGGGCAUCGAUGAGAAUGAUGCUGCUUGUUACAUUGAGACAUUUAAAUCCAGAUACACUGGCAUACAGAACUUUCUGCAUGAAACUGUGCAGAAAUGUGGGAAAAAUGGUUAUGUGCAGACAUUACUCAGCAGGAAGCGUUUUUUGCCUGGAAUAAAAGACACAAAUUUGUACAUAAAGUCUCACGCAGAGCGACAGGCAGUAAACACAACCGUGCAGGGCUCUGCUGCUGACAUUGUCAAAUUAGCAACCAUCAACAUCCAGCGUAGAUUGGAGGCAGCAUUUCCUGGAGUUCCCACAUCACAUCAACACCCUCCAAUCAGAUUGAGUGGUAGGCACAGAAAUCAGUGUAGACCCUCUCGAGGAGGCUUUUUUAUACUUCAGCUGCAUGAUGAACUCAUAUACGAGGUUGCAGAGGAAGAUGUCAUUCAGGUUGCACAGAUUAUGAAGCGAGAAAUGGAGUGUGUUGUGAAAUUGUAUGUUAAGCUCAGAGUAAAAGUCAAAGUGGGUCCAAGCUGGGGUAACCUUCAAGACCUGGACAUUUAAAACAAAUGUGUCCUUUACAUGUAAAUUACUGAUCGUGAUUAAGAAUUACUUGAACUGUUAAAACACAUUGUGCACAGUUUUUAUAUAUAUACGCAGUAAAUGUUUUUAAUCUGAAAUAAAAUUCAACAGAUGCUGUU